AAAUCUUAAUUGUAACCUUUUCAGGUAUUUUUGUACAAAUAAGGGACUGAUAUAUUCUGUUUAUUUUAAUUAGAAUAAAACAUUAAUACAUUGAUAUAAAAAAAACUACACUGUGCUUGUCUUUAUGUAGGGAAACAUCUGCUGCAAUUAGAGAAACCAACACUGGAAUUUUAUUCUUAUUAUUAUGAAUUAUAAAGUGUUACAAUUCCAUUCUGCAUGCGCAUUAGUUGUAAUGGUUUAAAGUUGUGUCCAGGAUCUGAAGCACCGCUAAGCAGGUACACAUAAUAACUGUAACUUUUAGAUUGUCCACUAGAUGGUGCUGUGCUACAAGAAGUUAAUGGAUUUGUAAAAUGAAGCUAAUCUGAAGUAUUUCAUAAACAAAUAAUUUUGCAACUAUACAUGUGGACACAAAAAAAAUGUGAGUUUAUAAGACAUUAUGGGACGUAUGCAUGCGAAUGCCGAGAAAAUCAGGUCAAAGUGGGGGUCCACGUUUAAAGGGCUGAGACCUUUGACACCAACAACCGCGCGUCACACCGUUUGGAUUAUCUGGCAUGCAAAAAUAGUGAGGUUUCACAACUUAAAGCCGUGCUGCUGGCAAAGAAAAAAAGAUUAAAGAUUAACAUGUCUGAAGCUUUGCCGCCAGCAGCAACAAUUUUUUUCCUACGUUCUGGUUUUGAAGCAGUUUGGAUGCAGAAAACAUCAACAUAAUGCGGCUGCACUGCAAUGAACAGCAACACAAUCGGCAGUCAUGGAUGCGGCAGAGUUUCGGCGCCGAGGCAGGGAGAUGGUAGACUACGUGGCUGACUACCUGGAAAACAUAGAACAGCGGCCCGUCUACCCGGAUUUGGAGCCGGGAUAUCUUCGCUCCUUAAUCCCCACCGAGGCCCCAGAGGAGCCUGAGAAUUAUGAGGACAUAAUAAAGGAUGUGGAGAGGGUCAUAAUGCCAGGGGUCACCCACUGGCACAGCCCCUACUUCUUUGCUUACUUCCCGGCUGCAUCCUCUUACCCCGCCAUGCUGGCUGACAUGCUUUGUGGAGCCAUUGGCUGCAUCGGAUUCUCCUGGGCUGCGAGUCCAGCCUGCACCGAGCUGGAGACAGUGAUGUUGGAUUGGCUUGGGAAGAUGCUGCAACUGCCCGAGUGUUUUAUAGCGGGGACACAUGGUCACGGGGGAGGUGUCAUCCAGGGCACAGCCAGUGAGGCGACGCUGAUGUCCUUGCUCGCCGCCCGGUGCAAAGCAGUCAGACGGGUCCAGGCUAUCGAAACAGAAAAAUCAGAGGGUGAAGUCCUCUCCAAACUGGUGGCUUAUACUUCUGAACAAGCUCAUUCCUCAGUGGAGCGCGCUGCUCUGAUCGGAGGAGUGAUGAUGAGGAAGGUUCCUACAGACGACCACUAUGCUGUGAAAGGGGAAAUGCUUAAGAAGAUGGUGGAGGAGGACAAAGCAGCUGGACUCAUCCCUUUCUAUUUCUGUGCCACUCUUGGCACCACUCCAUCAUGUGCUUUUGAUCACAUCUCCGAGCUGGGGGCCUUAUGUAAUGAGAAAAAUAUGUGGAUGCACGUUGAUGCAGCAUAUGCUGGGAGCGCGUUUAUCUGUCCUGAAUUUAGACCUUUAUUGAAUGGUGUUGAGUUUGCAGACUCCUUCAACUUCAACCCUCACAAAUGGCUUUUAGUCAACUUUGACUGCUCUGCAAUGUGGGUGAAAAAGAGAACAGACAUCAUUGGAGCCUUCAAAAUGGAACCACUCUACCUGAAACACGAAAACCAGGAAUCAGGGCUGGUCACAGAUUACAGGCACUGGCAAAUUCCACUCGGCAGGAGAUUUCGUUCGCUAAAGCUGUGGUUUGUCUUCCGUAUGUAUGGACUCAAAGGGCUGCAGGCUCAUAUACGCAAGCAAGUGGCCCUGGCCAAAGAGUUUGAGAGUCUGGUGCGAGCGGACAAGAGGUUUGAGAUCUGUGCUGAAGUCGUCCUGGGGCUGGUCUGCUUCAGGCUCAAGGGCUCCAAUGAGCUGAACCAGGACCUGCUGAAAAGGAUCACCAGGAGCAGAGAGAUCCACCUGGUGCCUUGCCAGCUCUCCGGCCGCUUCGUCCUGCGCUUCGCCGUGUGCGCACGCACCACCGAGUCACGUCACAUCCAGCAAGCGUGGCGGCACAUCACGCAGCUGACCUUUGAGCUCUUGCAGGAGGCCAGUCAUUGACCAAAAGACUGAGGAGCUGGGGCUGUCCACUCUGAUGCCUACACGAGGACCAAAGAUUGGACAAAAGUCUCCUGAGUGUUUGCAGGUGUAAAAUGUCUUGUGUCCAGUCCAGUGAGCAUUCGUCAUUAUUUUUUGCAUAUUUUUCUGUGUUGCAAAUUAAUGUGAAAAUAACUUCUUACAAAUUAACCAAAUGUGCAUAAAAGGAAAAUGUGUAAGUUCCAAAUAUUACAUCUUACAUUUGCAAAUUGUGGCUUCACUGACUUGGCCUCACUCCUCAUCAUAGUGCACUUACCCCCCUGCAGGCUUGUCUGUGCUGGUGUCUUGUGUGUGUCAAAUAUGGUCUGUAGUUUGGUUUGAAUGUUGUGAUUUUGAUUUUUUUUUUUUUUUUUUUUUUUUUUGAGUUUUGCCAUGAAUGUAUUGCACUGUGCGAAAAAAAAAAAAGAAAAAAAUUUUGUCCGUGCUCAUAUAAUAUACAGGCCGAGCUUCUUAACAUUAGUGAUACAGCUACUUUGAGGGCUUCAUAAAGUGCAAGCUUAAAGAAUUCUAAUACGGCUCCUAGUAAUCAGGUUAAAGCCUCUUAUAAGUGCAUUCAUUUAUUUAUAACCUCAUUUGCAAAUGUUGUUUAAUAUAUAAUGGCACGCAAGGGCCAAACACUUUAUUACCUUUUUUUUCUUCUUCUUUUUUUUUUUUGAUUCCUGUAGUGUCUAAUGCACAGUGUAUUUCCCAAGCUGUAGCACGAGACAAUCACAGAGUCGCUGUAAACAGUGGGAUGAGAAUGAAAAGCUCCAGGCGGGAAACACGAGUCCGUUAUUUCCAUCGUUUCCUUAUAAACUGUCUUGGACAGAUUAUCAAUGAUCAAAAGAAAACAUGCAGACUGUCUGACACAAGUUUAAUUUCUUGGUAAUUCAAGUUUAUCUUUGUUGGCACCAGGAUCCUCCACUCAAUAGAGUCUCCACAUAUACUGUACGUUUAACUUUAAACCUUGAGAUCUGGCACAGAUUAUUUAAGAUGAACAAAUGUGACUUGGUUUGUAAAUUGUUAAACUUUUCAUGUGUCCACUGCCGGGAAGUGUAUAAUAAUCUGUGGUGUCGCAUCUCUGCGCCUUGUUGUUAAUGUUGCUGUUAGUUCGUAUGAUUGCGUCAACGUCAGCUGCUGUUUGGGAUCCUAGUGUGCUGCUGCUCUCUUUGGCUUGGCUGUGGCCUGCAUGCAAUGGUAUGGGUUUAUUUUAAUAAAGUCUACUGUAGUCUGCA